CGCUCAUACGCAUGACGAUUAGCCGCAUUGCCCAAUCAGCGUUGAGCUUGACCCGACGUCACUGGCAGGGAGACGGAAAGGACAGAACAGAAAUGGAGGUGGAUCAAAAUCUCAUAGUCACUGUGUGCAGCCGUCCUGUCCUGUACGACACCACGAUGGUGUCGUACAGGGACAGGAACAAAAAAUAGGGGGCGUGGGUCGACGUGGCCGAGGAUAUUGGCGUUCCUGGUAAGAUCAGUGAAUAAUGUGUGUGUGUAUUUUGCUUGGCUUCAGCCAUCGGUUGUGUUCUACUAUGAAAAAAGUUAGCGCCGGUUAGCGGUAGCACCAGUUAGCUAAGUGAUACUACUACAACAGACUGUCCCGCUUGUUAGGUUACACAACUUAAUAUGUAUAUAUUUUCUUGUCAGUGGACGUAUGUCGCAGGAGGUGGAAGUCGCUCAGGGACAGGUACAUGAGACACAAAAAGAGUGAAAAAGAGGGGAAAAAGAGCGCUUCAGCGGCAGGGAGAGUGGACAGCUGGAAAUUCUCUAGGGUCCUGUCCUUCCUCGACCCCUUUGUCACCCCGAGGGAGACCAGCGGCAAUUUACCUCUGGGGGCAGAGCAGGUAGAGGAGGACGGGGCUCCAGAGACUCCACUGUCAGGGGCAGGAGAAGAUGAGGAGCUUGAGGAGGCAGCAGCAUCGCACAAUACAGGUUUGUUGACAAGUGAAGACACGUACAGCUUCUGUAUUAUGGCCACAGGAACGAUUUACAGUGCGGCACGAUUCUGUCUAUCUUUAAUGUGCAAUAUAGAUAUAAACUGCUCAAAAAAAUAAAGGGAACACUUAAACAACACAAUGUAACUCCAAGUCAAUCACACUUCUGUGAAAUCAAACUGUCCACUUAGAAAGCAACACUGAUUGACAAUCAAUUUCACAUGCUGUUGUGCAACUGGAAUAGACAACAGGUGGAACUGAUAGGCAAUUAGCAAGAAACCCCCAAUAAAGGAGUGGUUCUGCAGGUGGUGACCACAGACCACUUCUCAGUUCCUAUGCUUUCAGGCUGAUGUUUUGGUCACUUUUGAAUGCUGGCGGUGCUUUCACUCUAGUGGUAGCAUGAGACGGAGUCUACAACACACACAAGUGGCUCAGAUAGUGCAGCUCAUCCAGGAUGGCACAUCAAUACGAGCUGUGGCAAGAAGGUUUGCUGUGUCUGUCAGCGUAGUGUCCAGAGCAUGGAGGCGCUACCAGGAGACAGGCCAGUACAUCAGGAGACGUGGAGGAGGCCGUAGGAGGGCAACAACCCAGCAGCAGGACCGCUACCUCCACCUUUGUGCAAGGAGGAACAGGAGGAGCACUGCCAGAGCCCUGCAAAAUGACCUCCAGCAGGCCACAAAUGUGCAUGUGUCUGCUCAAACGGUCAGAAACAGACUCCAUGAGGGUGGUAUGAGGGCCCGACGUCCACAGGUGGGGGUUAUGCUUACAGCCCAACACCGUGCAGGACGUUUGGCAUUUGCCAGAGAACACCAAGAUUGGCAAAUUCGCCACUGGCGCCCUGUGCUCUUCACAGAUGAAAGCAGGUUCACACUGAGCACAUGUGACAGACGCGACAGAGUCUGGAGACGCCAUGGAGAACGUUCUAGUGCCUGCUACAUCCUCCAGCAUGACCGGUUUGGCGACCAGCCCAGCAGUGAGUCUGAGGACGCUGAUGCUGCUCCUGCUCCUGCUCCUGCCCCUGCCGCUGGCACUUCCUGUGUACCUGUCCCUGAGGCUGCCCCUGCCCCAAGACCACAGGGCGGGGCGAAGAGGAAGAGAGCCAGGGUACCGGAGGGGAAUACAAAUGUCCAGACAGCCAUCCUCCAGGCCCUGCAGAGGCAUAAUUCUGUGCCUACCCCUACCCCGCUUUCUGGGAAUGAGCACUUUGCCAUGGGCCUAGUUCCUUCCCUGGAUAGAUUGCCACCUGAAGUACUGGAGUACGUUAAAUUCCAAAUCCGUAAGGUCAUAUUUGACAAUUCUAAUUUCACCGUUCAUUUGGAACCUAUUUAAGCUUAUUAGCUAGUGGUGGUGACAAUCUCUCCAGGGAAAGAACUAGGCUGAUGUCACUGUUAACUGUUCAUUUGUUAUUGUUCUGUUCUGUUUAUAUUAUUCUAUUUUAUUUUUAUUUU